AGACAGUUUCGCCCUAGUCGUUGAUGAAGUUAAUCAAUAUUUUUAGAAAAAAUGUCUCUCUGUGAUAAGGCAGUGUUGGUAACAGGAGCCUGCAGUGGCAUAGGUUACGCAAUUGCACAGGAAUUGCUCAAAAACAAUCUUAAAACAUUAGUUGUGCUUGAUAUUCAUUCAAAACCUGAAUGCAUAGACAAUUGGAAGGAACAAUAUCCAAAAAUUAGUAUCAAAUAUUUUAUGGUUAAUGUUGCCGUUGAUGAAGAAAUUAAGCAAUGCUACGAAGCCAUUGCGAAGGAUCUCGGUACAUUAGACAUCGUUAUAAAUUGUGCUGGGAUCUUAGAUGAGAGUGAUUAUGUAAAAAUGAUCAAUGUUAAUCUUGGUGGUGUAAUUGGAUCCACUUUCCGAGCAAUUGAAAAUAUGAGGAAGGACGUUAAAGGACACGGUGGUGUGAUUGUCAACAUAUCCUCCAUCUUAGGACUCGACCCAGCAAGUGUUAUUCCUACUUAUAGUGCUACAAAGCAUGCGAUCAUUGCUUUUCAUAGAUCAGUGUCUUUUGGAAAUGACAAUAUGGGCAUCAAGUUUAUUUGCAUUUGUCCAGGAUUUACAGCUACUCCUUUGUACAAGAAUGCUAGAAAGCCAGGAUUUUAUUUUAAUUUUGGCGAAGAGAAGCUCAAAAUGAUGAAGGAUGCCAAUAUAAAGAAACAAACCCCUGAAGUUAUUGCUGUUGGUCUUGUGAGACUUUUAGACGAAGCUAAGAAUGGAAGCGUAUGGGUGAUCGAAGACAGCGAAUGGAGGGAACAAACAUUCCCUAAAUUGAAGUACUAGGCCGCAUUUUGUAAUAUUUUUUAUGGUCCCACAAAAACCAAGUUAUAAAUAAAACAGAUUAUUAAAAGCCAAAAAAAA